UGCCAUAACUUGAUUAGCAGUAUGAGAUGGAAGUAUCACCUAGAGACACAUUUCCGAGGAGUCUACAAAGUUGCACUCUAAAGAUGGAAGUAUCACCUACAAAGGUGCAUUCUGCAUGUUUAAGCUCUCGUCUUUGAAACAUAAAAGAUUCAUUUGGGCCGCUCAAAAGCUAUAACUUCAAAAUCAUCUACAACUUUGGACGUAUAGAAGAUGCAAUUGACUUGGUGCCAGGUAUAAAGAUUCAAGAAUAAGCGAAGUAAACAAUGAGAAGUUGAAGUAAAAGACACAAGAAUCAGAACAAAAUUUCAAUCCCUCCAUCUUUGGACACAACAACAUAAUUCUCAAGCUUUUUCAAGCAGAAGAAGUCAAUGAUAAUCUUCAAACAGAUAAAAGCUAUUAACUGAAGUCAGUACAGAAAUGGCUUAUAUUUCUAAGUCCAUAAGGUUUCAGGACAAUCAAAUUGAAUUAAAGAACUUCCAAAGAAUCAAAGCAGAAGAUGUCAUGUACAAGUCAGAAAAGGAAGGGUCUGGUAAAAAUGGAAAAUCUCUGAAAUCUCUGAAAGUACUGUCAAGAGUUUUUUCAGAAGACUAUGAAAGAGUGAAACAAAAGAUAUUAGAUCCUCGAGGAUUAUUCAUUCGUCGAUGGAACAAAAUUUUCUUAGCUGCGUGUUUAGUUUCUCUAUUUGUGGAUCCGUUGUUUUUCUACUUACCAACUGCUAGAACAGAAAUGUGUAUUUAUAUAACUGUACCACUUGAAGUAGUCCUCACAAUUAUACGUUCAAUAGCCGAUGUCUUUUACAUGGUUCAGAUUUUUGUUAGAUUCCGGACUGCUUUCGUUGCUCCUUCCUCUCGUGUAUUUGGUAGGGGGGAACUUGUUAUUGAUCCUUCCAGGAUCGCUUCUAGGUACUUAGCAAAGGAAUUCUGCAUUGAACUUGUUGCUGCAUUACCACUUCCACAGAUAUUACUUUGGGCUGUAAUUCCGAAUCUAAGCGGUGUAACAAUGACGAGCACAAAAAAUGUACUUCGUUUCAGCAUAAUUUUCCAGUUCAUACCAAGGUUGUUUCUCAUCUUUCCACUCUCAUCUCAAAUUGUUAAGGCCACCGGAGUUGUGACCAAAACAGAAUGGGCAGGGGCAGCUUACAAUCUUAUGCUUUACAUGUUAGCAAGCCAUGUUAUUGGAGCGUGCUGGUAUCUGUUGUCAAUUGAGAGACAAGAAUCCUGUUGGAGAGAAGUCUGUGAUAUUCAGAGUCCAGAAUGUCAGUCUAAAUUCAUUGACUGCGAUGUGCUAAACAAUCCAAGUAGAGUAACUUGGUACAAAUCCAGCAACAUAACAAGAUUAUGCGACCCCCGUAACAAUUUGUAUCAGUUUGGUAUAUAUGCCGAUGCACUGAAUUACGGGAUUACGACAUCCUCACCAUUCUUCAAAAAGUACUUCUACUGCCUUUGGUGGGGACUAAAAAAUCUGAGUUCUUUAGGCCAGAAUCUCUUAACUAGCACUUAUGUUGGUGAGAUUUGUUUUGCCAUUGUAAUAGCAAUUCUUGGUUUGGUUCUUUUUGGAUUGCUCAUUGGAAAUAUGCAAACAUAUCUUCAAUCUACGACUAUUCGACUUGAAGAGUGGAGGAUAAAGCGAAGGGAUACAGAGGAAUGGAUGCGACACAGACAACUACCCAAGGAACUGAGGGAGUGCGUUCGAAGAUACAAUCAGUAUAAGUGGGUGGCCACAAGAGGAGUGGAUGAAGAAUAUCUUCUCAAGGGUCUCCCAAUGGAUCUCCGCAGAGACAUUAAACGACAUCUUUGUCUAGAUCUUGUUAGACGAGUUCCUUUGUUUGAUCAAAUGGAUGAGAGAAUGCUCGACGCAAUAUGCGAGAGAUUGAAACCAGGUUUAUGCACUCAGGGGACAUGUUUGCUCCGAGAAGGUGAUCCUGUCAAUGAGAUGCUCUUUGUCAUUCGAGGCCACCUAGACUCCUGUACAACCAAUGGCGGUCGUACCGGCUUCUUUAACUCAUGCCGCAUUGGCUCUGGUGAUUUCUGCGGCGAGGAACUUCUCACAUGGGUUCUUGAUCCUCGUCCGAGCGUCAUUCUCCCUUCAUCCACUCGUACAGUCAAAGCUAUUGGUGAAGUUGAAGCCUUUGCACUAAGUGCAGAGGAUUUGAAAUUCGUAGCAUCACAAUUUCGUAGACUGCAUAGCAAGCAAAUAAGGCACAAGUUCCGUUUUUAUUCGCACCAUUGGCGCACGUGGGCUGCGUGUUUUAUACAAGUAGCGUGGCGUCGUUUCAGGAAAAGGAAGUGUUUAGCUCAACUUAGGGCUAGAGAGAUGUCGUCAGCUGAUCAAUCUAGAGUGAAGCCACAGGAAGGGUUAGUAAUAAGAGGAGGUAGUAAGUACCUCAGGUCAGAUUCCGACGUUGUCCCCUUACAAAAGCCUGCUGAACCUGACUACACCUAGACUAUAUACUUCAUACUCAUAUCUAGUUCCUAUACUUCUGAAGAUUGUAUCGAGAAAAACAAACAUGUUGUUGUACUUGUGCAAGAUUUAUAGUGAUGGAAAAAAGAUCACCAUUAUACGGAACUACUAAUUUUAUGCCCAUGAAUGUUAAAGUUCAGGCAAGAAUGCUGGGAGAUCAUCUAAGGCUUGGAAAUUCCUAGAUAUCACGAUGUUGUGACUAGAGAGUUUUGAAUACUUGAUCAACUCGGAAAGAGAAACUGUGAGUAGAUCUGGGUAGUGGUUUAGUCCCACAUUGCCCAUAUUACAAGACAGAGGUUAG